AUGGGUACAUUUCUUGGACAUCUAGUACCUGGUUUGGCCUUAGCUCUCCUUGGUUUUUGGCAUGCUAUUAACACAAUUAAAGCCAACUAUCAAAAUGGAACUACAAAAUUCAGAUCCAAGUUUUGGUACCCUUUCAACAGUCCUCUUCCUACACUACAACACCUUGAUCUCAUUCUUGUUUUGUCUUUCUCUAUCUUUUGCAUAGUCAUCCAAUUCUUGGAUUUUCCUUCUCUGCACUUUUCAUUCAAGCUUCAUAACAUUGAACAUGCAACCAUGUUCCUAAACUUGACCGUUUUCGCAGGUUUUACUCUUCUUGCUGAGUUAAGUAGCUUGCCUGAGAUCCUACAUGGGAUUUUAGGUAUACUUGCUACAUCUAUUUUCGGUCAGGAACUUUUCUUACUUCAUUAUCAUUCAACUGAUCAUGUAGGACUAGAAGGUCAUUACCACUGGCUUUUGCAAAUUGUCGUGUUUAUUUCCCUUAUGUCAGCCCUUGUUGUUACUUGUUUUCCUUCUUGUUUUCCUGCAGCACUUGUUCUUUCAAUUUCGGUUAUUUUCCAAGGUUGUUGGUUCAUGAAUAUGGGAUUUAACCUGUGGUUUCCACACUUUGUUCCAAACGGUUGCGUUAUGCAAUCAAGUGAAGGUCAUGAAAACUUAGUGCAUGGCGCGGUCCUGUGUCAUACGAAUGAAGCUGAUUUACGGGCUAGAGCUAUGGCGAACUUGCAGUUUAGUUGGGUACUUGUAGCUAUCUUGACCUUUGUGGCUGGUAUUUCUCUUGUUUUCGCGAGAAAUCGAGCAGAUAGGACUCUGUUGUCUAAGUAUGAGCAGCUUCAGAGUAGAGGCAGAGACAUCCCUGAUAAUUCAGGACAAGUGAUUUCUGGUGUCUGGUGCGAUGUACUUCGCGAUCGCGAAGAAGCUCUCAUGAUCCUGAACGGGAAGUUGGGUUGGUUCUUCUACGCGAACGUGAGGAUGAGGUCGCGAACGCGAAGCAGUGGUUGGAUUACCCUUGGCGAACGUGACCCAAACCACGCGAAUGCGAUGGGUUAA